AUGGCUGAAGAAAACCAUACCAUGAAAAAUAAGUUUGUACUAACUGGAUUUACAGACCACCCAGAGCUGACACCUCUGCUGUUUAUGGUGUUCUUUAUCAUCUAUGUGAUCACCAUGGUGGGGAAUCUUGGUUUGGUGGCAUUAAUUUUUACACAGCGUCAACUUAAUACACCAAUGUACAUCUUUCUGGGCAGCCUGGCUCUUGUGGAUUCUUGUUGUGCCUGUGCUAUUACCCCUAAGAUGUUGGAGAAUUUCUUUUCUAAGGACAGAAUGAUUUCCCUCUUUGAAUGCAUUAUUCAGUUUUAUAUUCUUUGCACUGUUGAAACUGCAGAUUGCUUUCUGCUGGCAGCAAUGGCCUAUGACCGCUAUGUGGCCAUAUGUAGUCCACUUCAGUACCACACCUUGAUGUCAAAGAAGCUCUGCAUUCAGAUGAUCUUCGGGGCCUUCAUAGCUGGAAACUUGCAUUCUAUGAUUCAUGUAGGGCUUCUCUUUAGGUUAGCUUUCUGUGGCUCUAAUCACAUUAAUCAUUUUUAUUGUGAUAUUCUUCCCUUAUACAGACUCUCUUGUGUUGAUCCUUAUAUCAAUGAAUUGGUAUUAUUCAUCUUUGCAGGUUCCAUUGAAGUCUUCACUAUAGGUAGUGUCUUAAUAUCUUAUCUCCACAUUUUUUUCACAAUUUUUAAAAUGAAAUCCAAAGAGGGAAGGGUCAAAGCCUUUUCUACUUGUGCAUCCCACUUUCUGUCUGUUUCAUUAUUCUAUGGAUCUAUUUUCUUCAUGUACAUUAGACCAAAUUUACUUGAAGAAGGAGAUAAAGAUAUACCAGCUGGCAUUUUGUUUACAAUAGUAGUUCCUGUAUUAAAUCCUUUCAUUUAUAGCCUGAGAAAUAAGGAAGUAAUAAGUAUCUUGAGAAAAGUUCUGAAGAAACAAUAA